AUGUUCAUCACUUACAAUGACCUGGAUGACAUGCGCGACUCCCGCAAGCGCUCGCAGAUCAACGCAUACGUCAAUCGCGGUCGAAGGGUCAACAAAGUCAAAUCCUCUGCACAACGACAGUCACGCCCACCACUUCAAUGGCAGGCGCGACCUCCUAUUCGAACCUCUGCUCCCAUCAAGGUCGAGCCAGAGCUAUUGGAAGAGGCCAAAGACAUCGCCAACAUUCGAGAGCCGAGAGUUACCGAGGAAAUUAUUUACGCCUUGCUGAAAAGGCGACGUCUCCCAAGAAUAUCGCUCCAACAUACCCUGGGUGGCCUUCGGAGGGAUCCCUUCGCAUCAUUUCCCAUCCCUCAGUCUGGACAGGUUGAAUGGGCGGCCGAUUUUUUCCUCCAAGAUUAUGCCACCAUGAAUGCAUCGCUGUAUUCCGACGGAGCAGGAAAGAAUUGGCUCACAGGCACGCUUUUCCCACUGGCCCUGCAAUCCGACAUGCUCUUUGAAGCACUCAUUCUUUCCAUGGCAAGAUAUUCCCAGCCUGCCAGCACCAACGCCCUUGUGCCGGGCGGUGUUCACUUCGCACAUCUCCGUUCGAGUGUUCUUGGGAAACUCCAUCGGACUCUUUCUCAGGACAAGGAGAUAUCGACUUCGGACACGACCAUCCACACCUUCUUUGCCGGUCACGACGAUCAUGCAGCAACUCACCUCAAAGGCCUUCAGACGCUCGUUUCGCUCCGUGGUGGACCUGAGCAUGGCAAUUUCGACCGCCAGACAAAAUACAAUCUGGCAGGCACACAUGCACUAUGCUCAUUUGCAGAGCAGCGACUACAGGAAUCGUCGGGACCGCCCGUCAAACCAGAAUCCGAACUGACGUACCCAAAGCAUCCAUUCUCGCCACAACUGUGCACGGAGAUUGCAGUCCUGCCCCGUGGAAUCAGUGACAUUGCCCUUGACGGAAGAAUUUCAACGCAGAUCAUCGAGCUGCUCUGCCGUCUCGCCCACAUGGCCCAAGAGACCCCAUUGACCAACCGCGCCACGACGGAAGAAAUCUACAACGUCUCGGUCGACUUACUGACCUUUAUAACCCGAACAAAUAUCUCUGCUCUGGAACGGAGCGUAUGCGUCUUUUGCUGGCUGUUUGUCUUAAGGGAGACACCCAACCGGAACGAGAGCCAGAAGUUUUACGGACAGUUCCUCGAGAACAUGCGACGCCGAAUAAAGAAGCUGGCCCAUUCGUUCAUGACGCUGGAAGGUGCAAAGCCCGACUACGCAAUCUGGGGAGUCGCCAUCCUCGUGGUAGAGAACAGCGGGGAGAGAAUCGGUCUCACCGAGGACGAUCGCUCUGAAGUCUUUCAAGACCUCGUUCGCCGCUACACUGUGGCGAGGAGCUGGAAGGAGACGUUUAAGAGCCUGAAAAGGUUUUUCUUCCUGGACAAUUGGGUCGAAGAGUAUCGUGUCUGGUGGAACAAGGAGAUUGAGAGAUAUAAAAAGCGAUCUCUAGAGUUAGAAUCCAUCUAA